AUGGAGAAGAUGCUCGAAAUGCACCAUAGCUUGCUGUGGCUCGUCUUGGCCGUACUGGCUGUGCGAUGUUAUGGUCAGUACUCAUAUGCGGCGCCGCAACAGAGCAAUGGCUAUGACUAUCCAAAACCCGUAGUACCAUUUACGGACGGCUAUUCAUACCCGAAGCCUGCUAUUCCAUUUCCACCACGAACCAGUCCGCCAAGGGUUGUAACUCCAGCACCAGCCGGAUAUUCGUACCCAAGGCCAGCGAUACCAUUCCCACCGGAGCAACCAAAGUACAUACCACCGCCGCAACAGUUUAUACCACAGGAGCCAAAAUUCUUGGAGCCACAGAAGCCGGCAACGGGUUACUCUUAUCCCAAGCCAGCCAUACCGUUCCCCCCACCAACAGCUCCACCGCAGCCGAAAUACUUGCCCCCAGUGCAGCCAACCAGCCCACCACAGCCAAAAUAUUUGCCUCCGGCCGAGCCAACGAAGGGUUACUCUUAUCCCAAGCCAGCUAUACCAUUCCCACCACCAACAGCACAACCCCAGCCGAAGUAUUUGCCUCCAGUGCAGCCAACUAACCCACCACAGCCUAAAUAUUUGCCACCCGUGAAACCAACAAACCCACCACAACCAAAAUAUUUACCACCUGCUGAACCAACAAAGGGUUACUCAUAUCCCAAGCCAGCCAUACCGUUCCCCCCACCAACAGCUCCACCGCAGCCGAAAUACUUGCCCCCAGUACAGCCAACCAGCCCACCACAGCCAAAAUAUUUGCCUCCGGCCGAUCCAACGAAGGGUUACUCUUAUCCCAAGCCAGCUAUACCAUUCCCACCACCAACAGCUCCACCACAGCCGAAGUACUUGCCUCCAGUGCAACCAACAAACCCACCACAGCCUAAAUAUUUGCCACCCGUGAAACCAACAAACCCACCACAACCCAAAUAUUUACCACCUGCUGAACCAACAAAGGGUUACUCUUAUCCAAAGCCAGCCAUACCAUUCCCUCCACCAACAGCUUCACCACAACCAAAAUACUUGCCUCCAGUGCAGCCAACCAACCCACCACAGCCUAAAUAUUUACCACCUGUAAAACCAACAAACCCACCACAACCCAAAUAUUUACCACGUGCCGAACCAACAAAGGGCUACUCAUACCCUAAGCCGAGCAUACCCUUCCCUCCACCAACAGCUCCACCGCAGCCCAAAUACUUGCCUCCAGUUCAGCAAACCAUCCCACCACAACCAAAAUAUUUACCACCUGCUGAACCAACAAAGGGUUACUCUUAUCCCAAGCCAGCCAUACCAUUCCCGCCACCAACAGCUCCACCACAACCAAAAUAUUUGCCUCCAGUGCAGCCAACCAACCCACCACAGCCUAAAUAUUUACCACCCGUGAAACCCACAAACCCACCACAACCAAAAUAUUUACCACCUGCUGAACCAACAAAGGGUUACUCAUACCCUAAGCCGACCAUACCCUUCCCUCCACCAACGCUUCCACCGCAGCCGAAGUACUUGCCUCCAGUGCAGCCAACGAGCCCACCACAGCCCAAGUAUUUGCCGCCCCCUGAACCAACGAAGGGUUACUCCUAUCCCAAGCCAGCCAUACCCUUCCCUCCACCAACAGCUCCACCACAACCCAAAUAUUUGCCACCCGUUAAACCAACAAAUCCACCACAGCCCAAAUAUCUUCCUCCUGUUGAACCAACAAAUGGAUACUCAUACCCCAAACCAGCUAUACCAUUCCCUCCACCAACAGCUCCCCCGCAGCCAAAAUACUUGCCUCCAGUACAGCCAACAAAUCCACCACAGCCUAAAUAUUUGCCACCCGUUAAACCAACAAAUCCACCACAGCCCAAAUAUCUUCCUCCUGUUGAACCAACAAAAGGAUACUCAUACCCCAAACCAGCUAUACCAUUCCCUCCACCAACAGCUCCCCCUCAGCCACAGUACUUGCCUCCAGUGCAGCCAACGAGUCCGCCACAACCUAAAUACUUACCUCCCAUCGAACCAACAAAGGGUUACGCUUACCCCAAGCCUUCAAUUCCGUUCCCACCACAAACUGCGCCCCCACCUCAGACAAACAAAGGCUAUGACUAUCCUAAGCCUGAUAUACCAUUUCCGCCACCUAGAGUAGGGGGAUACUCAUACCCGAAGCCGGCGAUUGCAUUUGAUUUCUAA